CGUAAAUCCAAGCGUUCGAUCAAUAUCACAGAUUGUGUCGAUCUUGUAUAAUAUCGAGCCUGAUAUAUACAUAUAGACGUAUAUAUAUAUAGAUAUAUAUAUAUAUAUAUAUAAGAUAUAUAAAAAAGAGCAAAAAACCGCGUCGCCAUCAUGGCCGACGAAUUGCCUCCAGAACAAAUCGCUGUCCUUCGCAAAGCUUUCGACAGCUUCGACAGAGAAAAAAGUGGCAGUAUUCCCACCGACAUGGUGGCUGAUAUACUUCGACUUAUGGGACAACCGUUCAACAAGAAAAUUCUCGAUGAGCUUAUAGAAGAAGUUGAUGCUGACAAAUCAGGACGUUUGGAAUUUGAAGAGUUUGUCACUUUAGCUGCGAAAUUCAUCGUUGAGGAAGAUGCUGAAGCACUUGAGAAGGAACUUCGAGAAGCUUUUAGGCUCUACGACAAGGAAGGUAAUGGAUACAUCCCAACCACCUGCUUGCGUGAAAUCUUAAGAGAACUCGAUGACCAAUUAACGGACGAGGAAUUGGAUAUCAUGAUCGAAGAAAUUGAUUCUGAUGGUUCAGGAACCGUAGAUUUUGAUGAAUUUAUGGAAAUGAUGACCGGAGAAUAAUCUUGGCCAAAUUAUCCGGUAGCGUGAGCUACUGUGAAUUUUUUGUUUUCUUUUUCUUUAAAAAAACGCCACGCGUUUAUCGAAUCACACAAAGCUAUAAACAAUUUACUCGCGUAUAUCUAAACGUUCGAUGGAGUAAACGUGGAACACAUAGUGUCACCAUGAUAAUAUUUAGAGAUGAAAGUUGAGAGGAGAACCUGCUGUUAGAUAAUGCGUAUGCACUCGUAACGCGUUUAUGUUUACUACAGCAGAUUUACAUACAUUUUGUGCGUUUGAUUACAUUACUGACGUCAUGCCUGCUAUAUUUUCCAUAAACAGUAUUUAUUGUUGUUAAUAAAAACACAUUGAGAAAAAAA